UAGGUUGAAUUAUCUAUGUCUAUUACCACAGGUUUUUUGCUAAUGUCUACUAAAUAUUUAGAAAUAAAAAUGUCAUCUGUAAUAGAUUGUGUUUUGUGUAACAAAAAAGAUGUGCAAAGUUAUGGAUUAAAACUUGGAAAUGGGCAAUCUAUUUGCAAAGAGUGUGCAAGCUGUUCAAACAAUAUACUUAAUAUUGACGAAUUUGUUGGCAGAGUUAAUAAUUUAGCAUUUCAAAAGUUUUCAACAGAAAAGCUGAGAGAAAUAGCUUCAUCAACAUUGCUAAAAUCAGUUUUCAAGGGUCAACUUUACAGUUAUAGACACAAUCUAUACAAAGCUGGUGGAGACGAAAAAAGAUAUUUAUGUGACAUCGAUUUGGUUGACUUGUUGUCUGAUGAGCAACAGCAUGCUCUAUAUAGUGCAUUUGCUACCUCGUAUAAUGAAUUAAAGCUCAAUGAUUAUGUAUUAAAAGUGCUUGUACCUGAGGCAAUAAUAUAUCUGUUUGCUAAAACUGAACAGAUUUCAAGAAUCAAAGCUGAAGUCAUAUUAAAUUCCUACAUUUCAAAAGGAAUUAAUGAAAGAGACCAAGAAUCAGAAAGUAGUAUAAAUGAUGGGUCUGUGGUUAGCGCUGAGAAUUUUUUUAUACAUUUAUUGCAAAAGAAAGAACAGCAAAAGAAUAGCCGUUUAAUGAAGUGGGCUCAGUAUGAUUCUUGUAUAAAAGAAACUAAUACUACUCUAGUUAAUGAAAAGAAAGAGUUACCAGAACAAAGUGAAUUAAAAAUAAACAUGACUUUAUUUAACGAAGACUUUGAAUCUAACUUUUCCUAUUUAUACCUUAUUAUUUAGGAAGGUGUGGUCCAAU